CCGUGUAACUGCCUAGAAAUCCACGUUUAUAGUACGCAGGCAAGCAUAUCUAAGACUCGCUUUUAAUUGUUGUUAUGAAGCUUAAUAUUCUUUAACAUUUGCUGAGAAUGCAAAGAAAAGAAGCUAGUAUGGAAAAAUCGAACAUUUUUAUAAGGCUAAUGAAGUCUACGGAUCUUUGCUGAAAACAAGACAUAGUAGCUGCCACGGCAGUUUUUUUCCUCUCUACGCGAAACUGCAGCCACAGCAACACCGGAGACUGUAAUCACAUUGCCGAUGGAGAGCGUGUGCAUACGGCAUAGGGGCGUGUCUUGCUUUUUGCUGGAGGAAAAACCUGAUUAUUGCUAGCUAUAAAAACUUAGCUCAUAAAAUAUUAGUGACGCGUAUUGUUCCACCUGCUUCCUGGCUUGUAGCAGAAGUGCUUUAAAAAGCAUUCUCCAGGACUGUUUUACAGCGGAGUUUUUGUCACAUUUCUGUUUAGAGCCUUUCCUCGAGCUCUUACUCUGCAGUUGGGCUGCUUGGGCAAUGUGCGGUUAAUUUGCGUUUAACAGAAAUUACAGCAGCACUUUUUAUAAUUACAGAAAUCAUGAGACUUUCAUGUCUUUUCAAACGAAGAACAUGAGGAGGUUUUGGGACAGCUGUUCACAAUAAUUAUCGCGCAUGUAACUGGCGACUGAGAUAUCCUAUGCAGCUUUCAGAUUAAAUAUGAGUAACACUGAAGAUUACUUUAACGGCAGCAUUGAAGAGAAGUAUGCAACUUUGGCCUACGACACUAUCCUUAGUACUUUGUUUGCAGUUUUGGUGUAUGUUGUAGUUAAAGUCAGUUUGGAUGGGAUCAGACAAUGGAGAGCUCGUAUCCCUGUUUUAGUCGUUGGUUCUGGUCCGGUGGGGCUAACUGCUGCAUUAGUCGCUGUCCGUUCCGGAAAGGUGCUGAAACUGACUUUACUGGACGAACGUAAUCGGACGUCGUUACUGUGCAGACCUCAACAGAUCGCACUGGACCCCCGUAGCGUAAAGUUUUUGCUUCGCCUUGGGGUUGAUUUUGAUAACAUGGAAGGCUGUUGGCACAACGACCACUUUUUUACAAAAAUAGGUGUAUUUCAAGAACAUCUUUUAAGCAUUUUGGAGCAAAAGAAACGACGGAUCGAUAUCAAUAUUAGCUUGGGCACAAAGUUUACAGAAGAAUACUUCAGGCGGAUAACAUCUUCUGAAUGUCCAAGGAUCAUUGUGGUAGCAGAUGGUUCAUAUGGGGAGUCAUGUUCAGUUCUUGGGAUCAGUUCAGAUUACAUAGUAGAAUCCUGCAAUGCCUAUGGUGUCAAUGCUACUAUAGAACGCCUGGAUCAGAGACAGGUUCCCACUCCUGAAAUACGAGCACAUGGCCUUUACUUUGAUCUAUCUGCCUAUGGAAUUGACUUUUUCCUAGAAGGAAAAGAUGUUCAAAGCUCUCAGCACACCUCUGUAAAACCAGGAUUUCAUCUGAAAAUCUAUGGGACAUUCCGCAAUCGCUAUCUGGCUUUGGCUUGUCCUGCAUCAGACAAUAAAGUUGUUCGUUUUCUGCGACACACUACUAAUUCCUCGAUUAUGAAGAACAUAUUCCACCAGUCUUUCAAUGCUUACAAAUCAGAUAUUGAACCUCGGAUGAAUGACCUGACAUUACAUCACCUACAAUGCAGUCGUCGUUUAUUUGAGAUUAUGUUAUCUCACAGAAGAAUUAAUGCAGCAUAUAUUGAGGGAGAUAACAUUGCUGUUACAAUUGAGGGCGAGGCGGCAAGAGUUCUAAAUUUUGAUACAGGUUGUGGUGUUAACUUGGGGUUAAGAGGACUUGAAUCACUGGAGAAAUUCAUUUACAGAAUUGCUACAGCUUUGGACCAAAAUGAUGUCCUAGAAGCACUUUCCUCAAAAAUCCAACAUUCCAAGCAUGUGGCAGAGAAUUUCCGACAAACUGGACUCUUGUCUACAAUGUUUGAAUAAUAAAAAAAACUGAUUUUCAAUAGUAGAUGAUUUUUGAAAGAAGUCAUAAUUGGAUCUAUCACCAGCAAACAGAGGAGAAAGAAAAGUGUUCAUGUGAUAUUAGUGCCUAUCAACCCAGAAAAUGAAGACUAUUAUGAAGUGUGAAUUUACUUGCAGUUCAAAGUUAACACAUAGAAAAACACACGCACCCACCCGCAGUUAAACACACCUCAGGUAACAUUGCUUUGUUUACAGCAAAGACACAUAACAAUGCCAACACAUUUCAAUCUGAAUGUUGAUAAUAAAUUCCUUUAACUCACCAUUUUCUUCUG